AUGGGGCUGCGUCUGACGGCGGGCGUUAUUGUAAUUUUAGCCAUCACUAGCUCUGCUCUCGCAGCCACAGCCCGACUCACCUUGCCUGGUCACGACAGUGCCCUACAGGAUUUGCAAAUAAGAACCCUUGAGCCACCGUCUCCGAAAUACGUGAACUUCAGGCCCCUGAUCGGGAUCCUGUCGCAGGCGUGCCACGCUUGCCCGGGCAAGUCCUACGUUGCUGCUGCGUACAUCAAGUGGAUUGAGCAAGCAGGUGGGAGGGCCGUUCCAAUUAGGUUUUACUCUUCUGAUGAGGAGCUGGUGCGCCUCUUCAAGAGCAUCAAUGGUCUCAUACUGCCGGGUGGACUGACAGACCUGUGGCUGGAUGACCCCUAUGUGGUGGCUGCCAGCAAGCUGGUCAAGAUGGCAGAGGCGGAGAAUGCAGCCGGCAAUGUCUUCCCGGUGUGGGGAACGUGCUUGGGUCACCAGCUACUGCAGAUCCUGGCCGCCAACACAAGCUACAACGAGCUGCUUGUACAGACUGAUGCUGUGUCGCAUCCCUCCACUGUGGAGUUCUCGGACGUCGCCAAGAGCAGCAAGGCCUUCGCCACCAUGUUUAGCAAGAGGCCGGACCUGGUGCAGCAGAUGCAGAACCCGGAGGCCAACAUAGUGAUGGAGAACCACGAAUUUGGGCUGCCACCGGCGCACUACACGCUGUGGCCCAAGCUAAACGAUACAUUCGACAUCCUGACCACGACCAAGGACCGCAAGGGAAUUGAAUAUGUGUCCACCAUCGAGCACAAGCGCUUCCCCUUCUUCGGCACCCAGUGGCACCCGGAGAAACCGCCCUUCGAGUUCAGCGAUCUGACCAUCCCUCACACCCACGACGCCAUCUCCGUCUCCCAGCACCUCUCUAACCUGUUCGUGGACUUUGCUCGCCAGAGCGCGCACCUGCCAGAGUCCAAGGAGGAGGAGCUUGCGAUGCUUGUGUACAACUACAGAGCGGUGUUCACAGCACGCGACAUCGUCAUGGAGCCCAGCUACGACGGCCCCGACAUCACGUAUUUCUUGGAUGGGGAGGAGAGCGAAUUGGAGGGACUGCCCCCCUUUGUCUUCACCAAAUUCAAUUGAGCAGCUGCACGCCCUGAUAUACUGCCAGGGCACCUCAGCCCUAUUCAAAAGGCAGCCUCUGCAGCAGAAAUGACUGCAAGGGCAUCUUUAGCCCUGAUGUGAAGGGCAGCUUUUUCGCGCCCGUAACUCGAGAAGAGCGCAGCAGUGCGUGGGCAACUGCUGGUAUGAGACAGCUUGCGUGCCAGGCCUUGUGAGUGGCAGGGUGGGGUUCGCUGAUGCAAGCAAGGACUGGCACAGAAACAGAAGUCCCAAAACUUGUCUUUUUCGCAUAGUUUUGCUUGAGCUAGAGCAAGAUUGGCAGCGGGUGCAGGGGCAACAGAGCGGGGCCCAUCUCUACUAUGAUUGUGUGGCUACAUGCUCAUGCCUCUUACAGUUACAGUGCAUUUUAGAGAUUACUUGUGAAAUUGCUAGUACUGCGGUAGUUUCAGCAUUUAUUUCAUUGAAUUUGUAUGCUUUCAAAUAAGAUGAGCCGGGAAAACAGCUUUGAAGAGCAGCUGUUGUGUGACUUCCUGAAUUCGUGUUGAUUAGCUAUUCAAAGUUGUGACAUGACUUUUUAAUGUGCAAUCUGGAUAGCUCACCAAGUGUCUUGAGGGAACUCCAAUCGAAAAUGGGUUGCUGAGCCUGUCUUGCCAGCUUAUCCCCUAUCUGGAGUAGAUCUAGAACACGAAUGUAUGUUGUAUCACAGGUCUAAAAGUUUUGUUGGACAGUGUGACUUACAGGGGAUACUGCGUUUCUAUAGGAAGCACCAGACCCUUGAGGGAUACGAUAUUCCAGUGUGUACGCACAAUUCUGGAAAUUUCAGUCCUACCUUGUCAGAAGUAAGCAAUGCAUUGGUGGUGCACUGAUCACAAUCGCGGGUAUAUACGAAGCU